AUAACGCCAUUAAAAUUGAUGGAGACUGAGAGAGUGUGUUCACACCUAGUCGUGUUUGUGUUUUUUAUUACCUCGUAGAUCGAACACCAAACAAAACAGAUCGAGAGAAAAAACAUGUCGCAGCAGCCAGACUACGAAUCCUACCCUCCGCUGUUUCGUCCAUCGUCGUCUGUCAACCCAAACCACGGCGGCGUUGAGAAAGGCUCGCCGGAAAUGGAGGCGGCGGCGGAAGGAGACGGCGGUGUUCCCGUCAUAGAUUUUGAGUGCAUAAAGAAGGACGGGGAAAAGGUAACAGAGGCUUGCAGAGAUUGGGGUUUUUUCAGGUUGGUGAACCACGGAAUCCCAGAAAGUUUGAUGAGUCAAAUGUUGGAACGUGCGAGGGAGUUGUUUUCCAUGGCCUACGAAGCCAAGCAGGCAGCGUUCAACAGCGGCGCCGCAUCCUACUUCUGGGGUACGGCGGCGGUGACGCCGUCAGGGGCGGCGCUGGCCGCCAGCAACUUCCAUUGGAUGGAAGGGCUGAACAUUCCGCUAAGCAAAGUGCCGCAGCUUCAUUACGAAGAUCCGAUGCUCGAAUCUUUCAGAUCCUUGGUAGAAGAAUAUGGAAAGCAUCAAGCUAGGGUGGGGAAGGCAAUAUACAAAGCAUUGUGGAGGAAAGUAGAAUUGGGAACAUUAAAGUUGUCAAAAUACGAUGAACCAUCAACAAGGUAUUUCUCAGAAGAUACUGGAGUAUUACGUGUACACCGAUACCCUCGGUGUUUGGAGGCUAAUCGGGCAUGGGGUGUAGACGUACACACUGAUAGUUCACUCCUCACAAUCUUGCACCAAGAUCUUGUUGGAGGGCUUCAAGUCUACAAGGAUAAUCAAUGGAUCCAAGUCAAGCCUAUCCCCAACACCCUCAUUGUCAACAUUGGAGAUAUGUUCCAGGCGAUUAGUGAUGACAAGUAUGUUAGUGUAAACCACAAGGUGAAAGUGAACGAAGAAAAGGAGAGAAUAUCUGUGGGAUAUUUUGUUUUCCCAGAAGAUGAUGUCGUGAUAGAGAGCUCCAAGUACAAGCCCUUCACUUAUGCCCAAUUUCGGGCUCAAGUGCAACAUGACAUUAAGAGUGUUGGCUUUAAGAUUGGUCUGCACAAUUUCAAGCGUUAGUUGUCAACUCUUUUAAUACCAAUACUCAUAUCCAUCUCUGAAUAGAGUGAAUUUUUCUCAAAUGUCAUAUGAAAUAUUUUGCAAUUCCUGUUUUCUA